AGACCAACAACAUCCAAGAUGGCGGCGACAGAGAGCGGCCUCGUUUCGUACGGCAGCGAUUCAGACUCUGAAAAUGAGUCAGAAUCCCGUAUUAGUCCGCAGAAAGUCGAACCGGACUCGAUCGCACAUCUUCAGCCUUUAAAAUCCGACAGUAUAAUGACUUUAGCCCUUCUGAAUUCAGCGCCCGAGGUCGCUGUGAAGGAAGAUGUUGAGACCGGUGUACAUCUUGAUCCAGCACUCAAAGAAGUCACGUACAACCCUACAUUUGAAACCAUGUUUGCUCCAGAGUUUGGGCCGGUGAACCCGUUCAGGUCGCAGCAGAUGGCGGCUCCGAGGAACAUGCUGUCGGGUUACGCCGAACCGGCUCACGUCAACGACUUCAUGUUCGAGCAGCAGAGGAGAACCUUCUCCACGUUCGGGUACGCUCUGGACCCGUCGGUGGACACCAGUCAGGUCUCGUCCAGCUGCUACAUCGGAGCCAUAGAAGAAGCCGAGAAAAACAAAGGGCUGACGGUGUUUGAGACGGGACCGAAGAAGUCUGAGAAGAGGAGGAAGGUGAAAGGAGGAGAUGCGUCGGAUAUCGACUGCUUUCUGGGCCCUUGGGCGAAAUACCAGGAUGAGAAAGACGUGGCCAAACCCUCUGAGGAUGAGCAGAAAGAGCUGGACGAGAUCACAGCCAAGAGACAGAAGAGAGGCAAGAACGAAGAAGAAGCUCCAGCGGAGGAGAAGACCAUCCUUCACAUUAAAGACGCGUACGAUUACCAGGGCCGCUCGUACCUGCACAUUCCCCAGGACGUGGGCAUCAACCUGCGCUCGCCAGACAUCCCGGACAAAUGCUACCUUCCCAAGAAACAGCUGCACGUGUGGACCGGACACACUAAGGGCGUCAGUGCGAUCCGCCUGUUCCCGGCGUCGGGGCAUCUGCUGCUGUCCUGCUCCAUGGACUGCAAGAUCAAGUUGUGGGAGGUGUAUAACGAGAGGAGAUGUGCGCGGACGUUUAUAGGUCACAGUAAAGCGGUGCGUGACGUCUGCUUCAACAACACCGGCACACAGUUCCUCAGCGCCGCCUACGACAGAUACAUCAAACUCUGGGAUACCGAGACCGGGAAGUGCAUCGCUCCCUUCACCAACAAGAAGGUUCCCUACUGCGUGAAGUUCAACCCCGACGAGGAGAAGCAGAACCUGUUCGUCGCCGGCAUGUCGGACAAGAAGAUCGUCCAGUGGGACAUCCGCACCCGUGAGGUGGUUCAGGAGUACGACAGGCAUCUGGGAGCCGUCAACACCAUCACCUUCGUGGACGAGAACCGGCGCUUCGUCAGCACCUCCGACGACAAGAGUCUGCGCGUGUGGGAGUGGGAUAUUCCGGUGGACUUUAAAUACAUCGCUGAGCCCAGUAUGCACUCGAUGCCCGCGGUCACGCUGUCGCCCAACGGGAAGUGGCUGGCCUGUCAGUCCAUGGACAAUCAGAUCCUGAUCUUUGGAGCUCAGAACCGGUUCCGUCUCAACAAGAAGAAGAUCUUCAAGGGCCACAUGGUGGCGGGAUACGCCUGUCAGGUGGACUUCUCUCCGGACAUGAGUUAUGUGGUGUCCGGUGAUGCGGACGGGAAGCUGAACAUCUGGGACUGGAAGACGACGAAGCUGUACCAUCGGAUCAAGGCGCACGAUAAGGUGUGUAUCAGCGCGCUCUGGCACCCUCACGAGACGUCCAAGGUCAUCACCUGUGGCUGGGACGGGCUGAUCAAACUCUGGGACUGAGGAAACACACACACACACACACACACUUCCUCGCGAGCUGCUCAUGCGGGUGUUAUCGGGCUGGUAUCCAGUCCCUAAACACACACGCCACAGACUUUCAGCUUUUUUUUUU